AAAAUAUACAAGAAAAACGGAACGCAUCAAAAUUCUGUUUUUUUCGGAGAACAAUUUCAUUGUAAUCGCAGAAGAGGAAGAGAUUCUUUGAUUGAGGGUUUGAUAGUUGUAGGAAUGGCUGGACAAUCACGAAAAUGGAUGAUAUUAGUAGCGACAAUAUGGAUACAAGCAUUUACAGGAACAAAUUUUGAUUUCUCAGCUUAUUCAUCAAGUUUAAAAUCAGUAUUAGGGAUUUCACAAGUCCAAUUGAAUUAUUUAGCAACAGCUUCAGAUCUUGGUAAAGUUUUUGGUUGGUCUUCUGGUUUAGCUCUUUUAUAUUUCCUUCUUUGGUCUGUUCUUUUCUUGGUUGCUUUUAUGGAUUUCAUUGGUUAUGGUCUUCAAUGGCUUCUUAUUCAGAAUCUCAUCUCUCUCCCUUAUUUCGUGGUAUUUCUGCUGUGCUUGUUGUCGGGAUGUAGUGUAUGUUGGUUCAAUACAGUAUGUUUUGUACUGUGUAAUCAAAAUUUCCCCACAAACAGAGCGUUGGCGUUAUCUCUGACCAUUAGUUUUAAUGGAGUUAGUCCAGCAAUUUACAAUCUUGCUGCCAAAGCUAUCUCCUCACCAGAAUGUAGUCUUUAUCUAAUUCUUAAUUCUCUCCUUCCACUCUUCACAUCUUUUGCUGCUCUUGUUCCUAUCCUUCGUCAACCUCCACUACAAUCUUUACCCCAGGACGCUGUUCGUCGAGAUUCCUUCAUAUUUCUUAUUCUUAAUAUCCUCGCUGUUUUUACUGGUCUGUACCUUCUGUUACUAAAUUCAGUAACCACGAUUGCUUCAACUGCGAGGAUAAUCUUUGGUGGUGCACUUUUUUUCCUUGUUCUUCCCUUGUGUAUCCCUGGAAUUGUAUAUGCUCGUGAUUGGGCUCUUAAGAAUAUUCAUGCGAGUUUUCGUUUGCAAGGUUCUGGUUUUAACCUUGUUGACGUUGAUGAUUUGGAGCUUCACAAAGAGUUACUUAUCGGGCGAGAAGAGUAUUACAAGAACACCAUGAAUAAUGGUGUUAUGAAAAGUGAGGAAGAGAAAGAAGGGUGUUAUGAGAAGGUGAUCGUGAAGAAUCGGUUGUUGGUUCUUGGAGAAGAACACCCGGCCAGAGUUCUUGUUAGCAGAUUGGAUUUUUGGUUAUACUAUGUUGCUUACUUUUGUGGAGGUACAAUUGGGUUAGUAUACAGUAAUAAUCUAGGUCAAAUUUCACAGUCCCUUGGGUAUGCUUCCAAAACUACUGAGCUCCUUGCGCUUUAUUCGUCGUGCUCCUUCUUUGGCCGGUUACUCUCUGCUGCCCCUGACUUCUUGCGUGCGAAGCUGUACUUUGCAAGGACAGGGUGGUUGGCAAUUGCACUCUUACCUACUCCAAUUGCAUUCUUUUUGCUCACUACAUCCAGUAGUGAGAGGGCAUUGGAAGCUGGUACAGCCCUCAUUGGGUUGAGCUCCGGAUUCAUUUUUGCAGCUGCAGUGUCAGUUACUUCGGAGUUAUUUGGACCCAACAGUAUGGGUGUCAACCAUAAUAUACUGAUCACAAACAUACCAAUAGGUUCUCUUGCUUAUGGAUUACUUGCAGCAAUGGUUUAUGAUGGUAAUGUUAAAUCAUCAGGAUUGACUAACAUGGAAAUAGUCGAUGGAGUAUCGAUUUGUAUGGGAAGACAAUGUUACUGGCAGACAUUCUUGUGGUGGGGUGUUAUUUCGUUGUUCGGCUUGUCAUCUAGUGGCCUUCUUUUCGUGCGAACAAAGCCUGCUUAUAAUCGCUCCGAAGAGAAUAGGAUUCUGACAACUGAUAAUGUCGGUUGAAUGAUGUAAAGCUUGUAUUACUUAGAUAAAAUUGAAGGGAAAGAGUCAUAUUCCCUGAGGAAUAUUAAUUUGUAAUUAGUCAAAGAAGCAAUUUUUUUUUUUUUGGAUUAAAUCCAUUGUGAGCAAUUUUAUUGGAAAUCUUUUAGCAAGA